AAGCCCUCCCAUGCUCAUCGGGAGCUUGAUAUCACCGCUCUCAGUGCUAGGGGAACAGUGUGAGUCGCCUCCUCUGAUUCACAGAAACAAAUAGCCAGGCUUCAUCCCCAGUAGCUCCAGCCAUGCUCCGGCCCAAAGACCUGUGCCAGGGAUCGGGCACCAAGACGUUCCUGGACGCCAUGCACAACGGCAAGGCUCACCUGGCACGCUUCGUCCUGGACGCCCUGGAUGGACGCAUCAUCAACUCCAAAACGGAGAACAACCGCACGCUGCUGAUGUACGCCGUGUGUCUCCCGGACCCAGCCGCACGGGUCAAGUUUACGCAUCUGCUGCUGGAAAAGGGGGCAGAUGUCAACUGCCAGGAUGAACACGGCCGGACCGCCCUAAGCCUGACCUGCGAGCUGGGCCACCUGGAUGCCGUCAAGCUCUUGGUCCAGUACAACGCCGACCCUGAAAUUACCGACACCUGGGGAAACAGCGCUCUGAUGUACGCCGCCUGUGCCGGACACAGCCAGGUGCUGGAGUUCCUUGUUCGGGCCUUCAAGAGGUUAGGUCUACGGCUUGACCGCACCAACUUGGCUGGCCACUCGGCACUUGAGGUCGCAGACUUCUUCGGGCACAAUCAAUGUAUCCUGGCCUUGCAUGGCCCUGGGAAGAAGAUCUUGGCUACAGAGGACCAAGGAGGUGGGGUUCGUCGACCUAACCGACUCCCCAAGCAGGUCCUGGAAAGGUUCUCCAGGCAAUUCCACAGCAAGUGUGACGAGCACCUUCCAGCCAUGUUUCAACGGCAGCUGCGGGUGGGGGAGGGCAAUGGGUCACCGAGACGUCUCCGAGCUCAGCGGUCCCCUGAGAAAAUGGACCAAACCCGGACCAAUCAGCUACAGAGGCUCUUCAGUAGGGACAGCAAGCUGAUUGACUCAAGAGGGGCUAAAGCACUGGACCACACUCCAGAACUUUGUAAGGAAGACAAGAAGAGGGAUGAUCCACAAGAGGUGGUUCCAACAUGGGGUAAGGCAAAGUCAUUCAACAUGGAGUUCCAGGCUUGCAGAAAACAGUCAUUUCAAGAUGACAUGUCAAACGGAACCCAAGCUGCAAUAACAAUAAAGAGGGGAUCACUGCAGGACGAGCAAGCUCUUACCUCCAAGAUUCAGGAAAACGCAUCUCUAACAAAUGAUGCUGACAAAUUAGUAGGUGUGUCCCACGUCCCAUUAAUGGAAAUCAAGCAAUCCCUGGAGCCAGCAGACGACAACCUGAAACUAUACCCUACCGACAAGCCUAACUCCAAUUUCUCGGGAAGAAGAGAGUUUCAGAAGCGCCCGAGUAUCCCCCAGUACGGCCGUCAAGACAAGCUGCUCUCUCAACGGGACGAGAUCGCACCGGAGAAAAUCCCAGUGCGUCCGCCCGGCUUCACCGGACUGGGAACGCGGUUACUGCGAAGGUUCACCGCCCCAGAAUUUAUGAGACUGGUGCUAGACUUCCCCCCCGGCUCAGACAUCGGCAGAGGAAAGAUGUCUCGUUCGGAGACGUUCCCCCUGUCACACACACACCAGAAGGUGGACAGUCAGCCGAGCGUGGACAGCAUCAGCGCGGUGAACUGCGAGUUUGACAGCGCCGUCAACUUGCGGAAAAAGCUCCGCUCGUAAAAGCGCAUCGAGAUGCAUUCAUCUGAAAAUGAGGAAAAGAUUAAAACCUUCAUCUUUUGUGCCUAUUUAACGAAAGCUGUGUCUUGUGUGUGGCCUUAUCGUUGUAAAUAUAAAGAAUAAACGAAAAUGCAGUUAUGCGUCUUAUAUGUCUGUCACCUUAUUAAUACUGUAUAUAUUACGUAUAGUGCAUCUCAUAAUUAUAAGAGUUGUUUAUCCGUGGUAUUUAGGUCCGGAAUUACCCAUUAAAAUCGUAUUAAAUCA